AUGGACGCCGAGAAGUCCACUUUCAGGCGACACUUUUUAUGUCGCAAUGAUUUCCUUUUACAGGCGCGAAGAGAACAGAAGGCACAGGGUGCAGCUAUCAUGCACAAGCAAGUGAUAGCGGAAGGGGUGGCACAGAAAAAAAUCAGUCAACUUGAAGACGAUAGCCACCUAGCCUCGGAGAAAGCGAAGGCUGACGCAAAAUUUUACCGCGCAAAAAGGGAGACCGAGGCAAAUCAGUUGCUGCUGAUGCCAUGA